CACCUGUAUUGAAAAGUUUUAUCGUGUAAUGUAAGUGGGGAUUUGUGAGAUUAUGGACGCCCUUUGCUAGUAUGCGUGCGUUACACGCGUGUAGCGUCUCGAUAGGAGUCCUGUAGAGACACUGUCAAGCCAAAAUCGCGGUGCUAGUUACAAAAUGGUAAAUCGAUAUAAAUCGAUCUUUCUCAUCGUGGCAAAUAAUCGUGAUCGAAUUCUUAUAUGAUUUUUACGCAUUCCGUGCAGACAAAACGAAUCUAAUAUCGACUAGAUACUAUCGCAAUCAUCGAAAACAUGCUGUUUUCAGUAAAGGUAAUUAUUUACAGUUAUAAAGAAAGACCGAUAAUAAAUUCUGAACAAAAUUGGAACGAAUUUGGUUGGAAUAAAUGUUUAUUGGUUUUUUACGAGUUUGUUAUCAUAUGAUAUACUUUAUUUGCAAGCAGUCUAAAAGUAACGUGCAAAAUGUUUAGUUUUCACAAGCCGAAGGUGUAUCGGUCUAGUACUGGAUGUUGCAUCUGUAAAGCCAAGUCCAGCAGUUCAAGGUUUACGGACAGUAAAAAAUACGAGGAUGAUUUUAUGGAAUGUUUUCAACUCGAGGAAAGACGAACCGGAGAAAUAUGUAACGCAUGUGUGCUCUUGGUAAAAAGGUGGAAAAAAUUACCCGCAGGGAGCAAUCGCAAUUGGAGACACGUUGUUGAUGCACGCGCAGGUCCUGGUAUCAAAUCGCUGACAAAGUUCAAAUCAAAAAAUAAAAAGAAAAUGAAAGAUCUACCGGAAAAAUUUGAGAAGAUUAUGAAAAAGAAACACAUCUAUUUGAAGACAGAUAGAGAUCGUGAACAGAGUCCAGCGAUGAGCGAUGAUUUAACAGAAGAUUAUUUGAUCGGAGAUGGUAGUAAAGGUUCGAGUAGAGCUGGAAGCCCUAUAGGUAGCGAUGAUAUUCCAGUUACAGAAAAACAGUUAGAUAUGCAGGAUGUCUCAGAAUCAAAGAACGAUUUAACUGUUAACGGUUUCAUUGAUCUGACUUAUUUUAAGAGGGAGAUCAUUUGUUGUGGAACAAUAUUCAAAGGUCCAUACGGAGAAGUUAUAGUGGAUCCUUCAUUGAUAAAGCCUUGUAUCGGUUGCAUAGCUAGACAGCAACGACAACAACAAACAAACGUAUUAAGUUGCAGUCCUGCUCAUAGUUCUGCGUCAGCCAGUCCUGUCCACAGUUCUGCGUCUGCUAGUCCUGCCCAUAGUGUAGAGUCUGGUACAGAAACUGCAGUCUCUAAGCAGACAAGUAAAACGUUUAGUGACUCGUCGUCAGAUUCCGGCUACGAUGAAUCCUCCAACCAAGGAGUUGGCGAGAGUAAGAUAUCAAAAAUUAUUCAAAAUUCAAGUGCUACUGUAAAACCAACAGUAAAAAUACAACCGUUGAAAAGUGUUCAGCUAAAAGCUAUACCAGUAUCGGAAGCUGUCAGGUUAAAAACAGACAUGCCAAUAAAAUUGGUGCCCGUAAAGCAAAUUGAUCAACUAUCUUGUAAGCCAUUGUCUUUAGUUUCUUCGGCCAAUGUUACUUUAAGCAGUAGUACUUCACACUCCAUUGUUACCGUCCCAAAUAAUCCGCUCGUCGAUUUUGCCAUGCACGCAGCCUCCUCCAGGCAAUCAGUCUCUAAUUAAUGUCAGUCUCUCAUAGAGUUUUAAUUUAUUUUUUUCUUAAUAUAGUUAGAUGUAUUCUACGACGCAAAAUUGUGUGUUAACUAUGCAACAAUUACCAUCCCAGAUAACAAAGGCUCUGGAUGAGAGUGUUUAAGUUUUAUCAUAUCGAGAACAGAGUUUAUACUGUUGUGAAUGGUAAAAAAUGAAUUCUUGUAAUUAGAAUUAACUGUUAUAAUGUGUCGUCCUUCCGCGAGAAGAAGGCACAGCGUGUUUACA